ACAGUUGAGCAGGAAAGUAACUGCUAGAAGGUAGCUAGGUAGGCUAAUGUUAAGCUUUAAUCAGCGAAGGAGCGUUCUAUCCCACAGCAGUUCAGAUGGCUGUACGCUGGUUAUGCAGGUGGGGCAGAGUCAGGUGAUCAUCGGCACUGAAACACAAUGGUUUUAACAGUGUAUGGAAGCUGUUUUUUUUUUUUUUUGUUCGGUGCUUUUAGGUUUGAAAUCAUUCGUUUAAUCUGUGUGUAUGCUUUAGUUACACAUUUAUUUCUAAACUAAGUGGCUUUGAAUGGUAGUGAAUGAAGACCGUGGUUUCUAUCGUGGGAGGGGCGACACCAUUCCGACCGCAGUCAUUCAGUCUGUGACAGAAGAAGAUUCGGUGGUGAGGUAGUGAAGCUGACCCGGGAGCAUAACCGAAAUUCCUGCCUUCGCCUCACCACGCUCGGAAGCCUUUUUCUUUCACAGGCCGAUCUGGCUGAUGGAAACAGAGCUCGGCCAAAAUGUGCGCGAAUGUGUUCGGCGUUUUGAAAAGUCUCUUUGGGAAGCCUUUUGAUGGUGGAAAAAGGAUGGACCAUGGCGGUCCACAGGACCAGCAGCAGCAUCCGGCUGAGCAGCAGCAGCCUUACCAUCCGCAGCCUCCUGCGAUGAUGAGACUCUACGAGGUCCAGAAAGAGGUCUCGACUCUGGGGCCGCAGGUCUGCACCUUCAGCGGCCUGCAGAACGACCGAGAGUACAAGCGCAUGGAGCGCGAGCUGACCCAGCUGCUGCUGCAGGUGGACCAGGUGGACACGGAGGGCAAGCUGGAGCUGCAAGGAGCGCGCAAGAGGGCUGCGCAAGAGGUGGAGGGCCUCCUGCGGUACCUGGAGGAGAACGCCUCCCACCCGUCCCGCCUGGCCAUCGACGAGCUGAGCAACGCGGCGCGGGAGCUGGUGGACGAGCGGGUGGUGGCGCCGCAGCGGGCCGGCGGGGUGGCGGAGAUAAACGACGAGCUGGUGGACGCCCUUCAGGAGCUCGUCCUCAGGCUCACCCAGAUCAAGACUGAAGGCCGGGUGCCGCUCCGCAAGGCGCGCUACCGAGCGCUCACGCGGCUCUGCGCCGUGCAGGACGUGCUGGAGAGCCGCACGCCGCAGCAGACCCUCUCUCUGCCCCUGUCGGGGGACACCCACGAGGCCGUGAACCGCAUCAACCAGGUCAUGGUGAAGGUGAGCAUGGCUCGCAGCCAGCUGCUGGCUCUGCUGAUGGGGCUGAGCGGGAGGGACAGCUGCGCGCACCUGUCCCGCAUCCUGACGGAGCUGCAGGUGGAGCUGGACGCCCUGGACGUCUCCGGUAACGCGGCGAUCCGGAAUUACAGGAAGCAGGUGGUGGAGGAAAUAAACGGCCUGCUAAAACACCUGGACCUAGAGGGAGAGGGGGACGACACUCGCAGGUACGAUUUGGCGCAGAACAACUCCAUCCGUGAGAUCGAGGCCGUGCGAGCCCACGUCUCCCACUUACGAGAGGGCGUCCUGCGACACUGCGUGACGGGUGACCUCAGCUUCCGGCCCAAAGCCGAACUCCAGAGCCUUCUCACCCACCUGGACCAGGUGGACACGGCCAAAAACCCGUGCAUCAGAGAGGCCCGCCGUCGUGCUGUGGUCGAGGUCCAGGCCGUCGUCACCUUCCUGGACCUCCGCGAGGCGCUGGUGUGCCGCCAGCCGGGCCCCGGGGAGCACCCGUCGCACCGCGCCGUCUGGCUGGUCCUGGGCAGCCUCUCCGACCUGCAGGCCCAAGUCCUGGGCUUUGACGGCAAGCGGGCCGACAAGAGCUACAUGAUGCUGGAGGAACUGCUGACCAAACAGCUGCUGGCGCUGGACGCUGUGGAUCCACAGGGCGACGCGUCCACCAAGAUGGCACGGAAGCAAGCGGUGAAGUUCGCCCAGAACAUUCUCAACUACCUAGACAUGAAGACGGACGAGUGGGAGUAUUGAUGAAUCCAGGACCACGUCGGGUCGGACACGGCUGCAGGAAUUAAAGGAGCUUGAAAAUGGAGCGUCAUCAUUCCGUCAGCUGUAAAUAUUGCCUGAAAUACCCAGAAUCCACUGCAGCAGAGCUUCUUUUUUUUCCCCUCUUUGUGGUAGUCAAGGCCAACCCGUAUGAAACUCCUUUUGUGAAACACAUUUUGACACGUAUUUUUCUGUGUGCUCUUCGACAAUUUUGUGUGUGCGCGCGGGUGUACGUGUGUGUGUGUGUGUGUGUGUGUGAUUUGCUUGUUGGUGUCAUUGUGUUUUGGUGUAUGGUAGUAGGAGCCUGCAGCCAAAGCACUGAGUAACGCUCGUUGUCUUCUCCUCCAGACUGCACUUCAUAUUGAUAAAACGUUCAGUUAGAGUGAUUGUAAAUCAGUAGCCUCUUUUAUUAUCUUGACUGUCAGUUGCUAAUGGCGACAGCUGGUGAUACGCUACCAGAGGCAGGGGUGGCUCAUUCUGUAUAAUUAGAAAAACCAGGCAGUAGCUGUGUUUCCGCUCCAAAUAUGUGCAAAACUUUGUCUAUUGUGCUAGUGUCAAAAAAAAAAAAAACACAAGUUGCAGUGUUCCUAUUAAUUGAGACGGAAUUUAAAUCACACGUGAAUAAGUUUGUUCACGCGGUAAGUCAUUAAUGUCCGUGCCGCUCUUCCAACUUCUUCCUGUUGUCGUUGUCUUUGUGGUUUUCGCCAGUGGCAAAAACCACGGACGUGGUUCGACAAUGUCCAGUUGUUGAUCAUCUGAAUCAAAGAAAAUGUUUCCAUUGCAACUUUGCGAAAUAAACCGAUUUUUAAAAAAUUGUCUCAUCUUUGCGUCACACGACUCGCAUGAUCAACAGCAACCAGAUGUUGCCACUGGCGAAAACCACGAAGAAGAAAACGGGAGGAAACAGAAAGAUCAUGGUGCUGCAUAUUUUUAAUAUUUCGUGAACAAACUUAUUCAUGUGUGAUUUUAACUUAUUUCUUAUUUAGUGGAAACACAGCAAUUGCAAAAAUUGUGUUUUUUUUACAUUAACAGAUUAUUGACAACGUUUUGCAAACAUUUAUAAUGAAAACCCAGCUACUUCAGGCUGAUGUUGCUGCAUUUUCUACUUUAUUACAUCUUCGAGGGUCAGAUUGCAGAAAUGCACAUGGAUCUAAUAACAACUGUGAUCUACCAGAUGGAAUUAGACAGUAGGAGGUUAGAUUGCUAAUCUACGAUCAUUCUCCACUGAAGAAGCAAGAAUCUGAAUUUUGAGGCCAAUUUCUGAUCUAUGAUUUUUGUAAAGCUUCGACCUGCCGAUGUAGAUUUAGAUCCGGUCUGAUUUCUCCCCUUGAGUUUUAAUAUAGCCACGUCUAAUUACAGCAUUCAGAAUAAUUUUUCCUCCACAGGAAGAAGGCCAGAAAAAUUAGGUUAUCAGGAGGAGAAGUGACAUCACACCACAUCAGUUGCUGUCAAAUACAGUUUUGAUCAUUUAAGCAUGAGUCCAACUUAAGGCGCGGGGGCCAAAUGUAGCUCCCGUAGUUUUUAUGUGGCCCUCUAGACUCCAGAGCAGAGGGACCUAAAGCGACUCCAGAGGGCCGUUUGAUCAGGUGGUUGACACAAAUGGAGACUUUUAUUUGUAACCAGGAAAAAACUAUUACAGACAAGUAGAAAUCUUAAAAAUGUUGGCUAUGGUACAAAGUAUUCAAUGACCGAGCUUUUUGUAUUCUCUUGUGAGAAUCCAUCCAUUCUGCAGACUUGACGUUUUUCCCCUUGAGACAAAAUAUUUGGAUAGCUCUGCUCCAGAGGAGCACAAGAGAGCAGCUUUGUGCUUGAACAUCAUUUGAUCAAAUUUAAGCAGUUUUUAAUCAGUAAACAGCCAAAUAAAACAUCAGUUUUGUUUUAGAUUUAUCGAUUGCGGAAAUUCACACAAAAUCAGCAGGUAUCCACAUUUUUAGGAUACCACUGCAGCAGAGCUUUUUUCUCCAAAAUCCAUCUGCAGAAUUUGGAGUUUACUGCAAAUUGUCGAAAUCGUUUAAUUCAAGUUAUGCUAAUUUCCACCUAUGGGUGGCAGUAUUUCUUACUUUUAAUACAACACUGGCUCAGAUUUCAUCAGGUUAUAAACCACCAUCAACAAAGUCACAUUGACCGCCAUAUAUUAGUGUAAAUACCUCAAAAUUCUUUGUAAAUAUCUAAAUUAGCACCAAAAAGUCUGUGAUUCUGAUAGCAAAAAAAAGUCACAAAAUCAAUCACCAUAAUUUGGAAGGACUGCUCAAUGUGAAAAGAGCUCAAGAAGUAAAGUUUAAGUAGUACAGCUAGUUCUUACUAUUUUAACAGCUGUUUAUGUGUUUUAUCAAUAUAUUCUGGACAACUGGCCCUUUGAGAGCAUUUAAAGCAAAGACACUCAUUGAAAACCACCUUUAGCAUCUCAUGUUAGCAAUUAGCAUGACAAGCUACCAAACCAGUAGCAUCAAAUAGAUUUCAAUGUUCUAUGACAGGCAGAGGGAGGUUGCAACCAGCUCGAAAGGAGAAAACAGAGCGACUUUGCUGCUAAGCCUUCAUGUUAUCAGCCCAAGUCUCGCUCUCUCACAGAUUUUAUUUUCUAAGUGAGCUAAAAGAAAUGGUCUGUUUCAAGUCACCGACCUGUCCCCGAGUCUCGAGAGUCGGGGCCCAAAGCGCAAAAAAGCUCCACCUGAAAAAAACAGCCUAACAGUUGACAAAGAAGCACUAAAAAUCUAUUUUAAGAUUACUUGGAAGUCAUGGAUGAAUGUUUUUUUUUUGUUGUUUUUAGCAGAAAGCAGGAUGUUACAGAGAUGGAAGACUUCACUUUUAGCUGCAUCUCUUGUCGUCUGUUCUCAGAUGUUUGUCCUGACCGUGUUGUGAUCACACCAGGCUGGAAAUAGAUCAGAUAUGAAUUAUUCCAGGAGAAGCGUGGCGAUAUUUCGCCGUCGCUGCUUCUGUGGCUUCUCGUCUGUCUACUUGUUUCCACCCGCUGCUUUCUGUUGACGGAGGAGUGCGACUGAAGCCUUUUGAGGAAAUUGGACAGAAAGAGGCCGAGGCGACGAUCUCCGCAGGACUGGCGUGUCGAGGCUGAAGCUCGGGGGGGCCCCCCCUGGAGGGCCCCUCGGCAGGGAGGCGCUGACGGAGAUCACAGUCGACAGAACCUUCUAGAAACUUCUCCGAGCUGCUGGAGAAGGAGGGAGAGAGAGAAGGGACGUGUAGAGAAGUCUAGAGCUCUGUGCCUUUUUACUUUUCAGCCUUUUUUUUACCCAUCAGUUUGUGUAAGACGGUGUUUCAGUGUAGCAAAAAUAGAACGCGUCGUUUAUGGUAUGCAUCAAUGCACUAGAAUAGGAAACCAAGUACUGAAUGUGUUUUAUUGAGAGAGCACCUUGGCCAGUAUCACAACAUGUUCACUGGGAGUCUGUUUUUUAUGUUUGUUUGUUGUAUCUCCUUUUCUUUUCUGUUUUUUUUAUAAAUGCGUAUUUAUUUCCCAACAAAGUUCUAAUUAGACUGACAUCUUAAUCGAGCAACUAUACGAGUUGCUUUCUCCUACGGCGUCAACUGUAGCCCAAUAAUCUACUGACAGAACCAAUUUAUCAUUAGUUGGAGAGACGCAAAAAAGAUACAGUGUUCUGUAAAUAUAUUCAUAUGCCUGGACCUUUUUCACAAACAGCCACAAACGUCAAUGUAUUUUAUUGGGAUUUUAAGAUGGAGAACAACACAAUAUUUAGAUUUAUUUAGGGAUAAUAUAUCCCUAAUAUAUAUAUAUAUAUAUACAUAUAUAUAUAUAUAUACAUAUAUACAGGCUAUAUAUACAGACUGAUGUUAAGUUCCAUUUUGUUGCCGUUUGUUUAUGUGUUUCAGAAGUGGGAGAGGAUGGGUUUGGUCAUUUGGUAGUUAAGUAAUUACAUUUUUUUUCCUAACAAAUGAAAGUUUCAAAAGCAUUUUAAUACAUUUUGUAUUUACUCUGAUACCCUUAAAUUAAAACCUGUGCACUGCAAGGUUAUUAUUUAUUUAUAAUUUACAAAUGCAAUGCACUUGUCAAAUCUGACAGAGCGGCACUGCUCGUUACCAUGGAAACACCAUCCCUAUAUUGAAGCAUGUCAGUGGCUGCAUCAUUCUGUGGGGAUGCUCUUCAGCAGGCAUUUAGGGUCUGCUCAGAGAUAUAAAUUGAAUUUAAAUUCAGAAAUAAAGAAGUUGAUUUGGAUUAUUAAUCACAUUUCUUAUUAAUGUAUUUAAUUAUUCAUUAGAUGAGUUUGUGGCAGCACUUGAAAGCUGUUCUCCCUCCAAUAUUAAUAAACUUAAGCUAUUUUGCAAAUAGCAGUUUGCUUCACUUUCAAGGAAUGUGAAAAAGCUCCAGUGGUUUGAAUACCUUCCCAAACCUAAAUCCAGCCUCUUUAUAUAAAACUGAAUUCUGCACUGCCUACAUUGAACUGUUUUUUUUUUUUUGUUUUUUUUUUUGCCAGGACUGUUUACAGCUGAGUUUCGUAUUUAGGUCACUGAACUGUCUGUUAACACAGUGGAGUCUGCUGUUUAUACACCAAGCUAACAUCCAGUGCAGCUUCAGUUUAUUUAUGCAAAAUGUAAAUUAGAGGUUUGUGCCGAUAUGCAGAAAAACCACAAUUGUAUACAUGAGGCACAGCAUGUGACGGGCUGCAGCUUCAGAAAGUAAACUAAACUAAACUCCAGCCGGGGCUUUGAAAUUUACAGCAGGCCAUUGAGCCGAUGCGGCGUUGGCGUUUCUGCUUGAAAUGACGUGGAGUUCAGAAUUCGUCACAACAGCGUUUGAUAAAACGGGACAAAAGCGCAGCAUCAAAAUGCUUUUAAAAACAUCUAAUCUCCUCUUAAGAAUAAAUGUUUUGAGCUAUCACUCCCCGCCAAAUGUUUCGUUAUUGCACUGAAAAACAAAUUUGGUCAAGAGAAAAGCAUUUAAUAAAAAGAAAGAGUCGUACUCUGGUUCCGGAAGUGUGCACACCCCUCGACUAAUACUUCAGAUGCAAUUGAAGAAUUCAAGUCUUCUUGAGUUCUCUACUGUUAGUCACACUAACAGAUUAACCUGAAGUAUCUUAGUAUCGCUGUGAGUCCAAACAUAUUAAAAUAAAUUAAAUAAUGUCUCCACCUGAGAAGAAUCUGUGGUUGUCACCUGAACAGAACUUCGGACAAAAGAUACCGUCACAGUCCGGCAGGUGAACUGAAUUUAAAUGUGUCACCAAAGGGAACGAUAUUCUGAAAUUAGUGUAAUACUGUGCACAGAUAUAUGUAACCAGAAUGUGGCUAGCUCUGAAUAUUUUUGACUUUUAAAAUGAAUUUCAGAGUAUUGACAUAAUUCAUCAUGGUCUUUAUUUUGUUUGUUUUGUUACAAAAACCAGCCAUUUUUGUAGAUACAUUUUUUUCAUGUAAUUAAUGCAACUGUUUGUUACAUUUUGGCAUUGAUUAUUCUCUAAAGUCAUAUUUAUUUAAGCAUCUUCACAUUAAUUAACUUUUUUUUUCUGCCUCCAGUUCCUGGGUUUUUCAUUGCAGCACUCGUGUAACUCCAUCAAUAUGCGCAGCGUCAACAUGUGCAGCCCUCCUUGUUCUUCAGUUUCAUUUAUUUCUACUCUAAUCUUGACUAAAUCGUCUUCUUUAAGAAAUAUUUACAAGACAAAUACCAAAAACUGAAGUACGGCAGAUUGGUUCAAAGCAAGUUUAAAAGAUUUCAACAAGUGAAAGAAGUUCAAGCUGUCAGAUUGUCCUACAGUGGUUUGGGUGAGCCGACUUCACAAACUGGUAGUUGUUUUCCUUGGUGUGGUUGCUGAGAGGGUAAAUGUACAUUAAAGGGUCACAUCUCCUGAUGGCUUUCCCAAAACCGCUGAGAACUGACUGCGUCUUAAUACACAGCAAAAUCAUAUCUCAUAAGAUCAUCUUAUAUCUGCUGCAGCCACUUUUUGGCACGAAGCCUCCAGCUUCUCCUGCGUGUCCAGACGAACGUUGCGUCGUUUGCAAGCCGUGAUUUUUGCUAGUCGUACAAAGACAAACUCACACACAGCCUACAAUCACUUUUUUUCUGCCUAAUUCACAAAACAGUCACGGGGAAAAGAAAGUACACCCUCUUUUAUUCAAAGUUUUUACCUUUGAGGGUACUCUGGCUGUACAAUGAGUUCAGGCUAGCCUCAGGUUGAACUGUAUUCUCACCCUGGUUUAGCAAAUGAUGUCAACAUUAUGAAGGCAAAUCGAAGUUCCUGCUUUGAUUGAACGAGAUUUUAGUGGGGAAGUAGCUACUACUGAUCAAAGAACUUGAUUGGAUGAUCAGAAUUCUGUCCUUUUUCUCAGAAGUAUAACCGACUCUUAGAAAAUAGGAGUUUAUGUCUCGGCUUUCCAGUGUUGUUGGUCACAGUAUUCAGUGACCAACAACACUGGAUGCAGUUGUUGGUCUGGGAGAUACUGGUGUGUAUUGGGGGGAACAGCAACAACUGUAAAGAAGCAACUACUGUCACCUGAAAGAGUUCAUGAGGUCAUUUCCAAAAUGUCUAGCAUUUAGAAGUGAGAAAUAUUAUUUACACUUAAUGUCUGUCAAAAUUGCUACUGUGCUCAGAGAAAUAAUAAAAAAAAAUCAACAGCUUCACAAAUUUUGUAGAAAUUUAGUAACAGGUUAGGGAAGAGGAUUAGUGCCACUAAAAAAAAAGAAUCCAGUUUUUUUUUUUACUCAGAAUUCGGACUCUUUCUUUUCGGGAUUCGGGCGUUCUGACAGUUAUUCUCAAAAUUCCCACAUCUUAAAGCCUCGACAAAGAAUGAGACAAAAUUCUUCCUUGACAACAAACAGGAAACAACAUCUGAGCGUUAAAUCCUCCGGAGGCGGAGAGGCUUCAAAGGAGAAAGAGGGUGUGCUUUCCUUUGACUCCUGGCUUCACAAAAACGUUCCGCUUUCUUCUUCUACUACUACUGCCUGCUUUGUGUGCAUUACUUAUUUUAUAAUGUAGCACUUUCAAACGAUGCAGCAACACAGAUUCAUACCUUGUGCUUCCGGAAGAGUUAAAAUUACAGGAUGGAAGGUGAAGAAGAAGAAUCAACACAAAGUGAAGGAUUUAGUUGGGAUCGUUUUUCCCGCCGGAAGCCAUGUUUACAGUCUUUUAUUUACUGUCAGGAUGACCUACCUGUCAGAAUGUUGAUCAUUAUCAAUAACAGAGAUUUUAAGGUGUGGAUUAGACAAACAGGUUUAUCUCAAUAAUUUAGAAUGUUAUUAAAAAGUCCAUUUACAAAGUGAAACCCAUCAUUUAGAUUAAUUCCACACAUUUUGUUUUUAUAUUUUCAUGUGAAAUCUUAUAAUUUUCUGCUUACUGCUAAUAAAAGCAUGGCAUUUAUCUGCUUAGAAUAUUAAAAUAUUAUGUAAGACUCAUUGAAAAAAUACAUUUCUAAUACAGAAAUGUGGGCUUAAUGAGUGCGUUUUGUAACGGGUCUCAUCAGAACACAGAUACUGAUUUACUGAGACGUACCUGCAAACCCAAUCAAUCUGAGCCAGUAUUCAAACAUUUAUCCCAAAGAUUUUAUAUGAAUAUAAAAGCCCAGUGUUUUACCACAUCAGAACACGGGUGUGUUAUUUAUUUGGGGAGUUUUUUUUUAGUUGUUUUUUUUUUUCCAACCUCUAACAGCUUCCUGCUUGUUAAGAGUCUGAACUUGGCAGGGGGAGUCCAUUAAAGUGUAGUUAAAAACUCCGAUCCAGAUGGGAUUCAAAGCCAGGCCUUCAGUUCAGUUAUUUACACGGAGUAAACAGUUUACAGGUCAGAUUUGUCUCCACUCGGCUCACUGUAGUCUUUUAUGUCGGUUCUUGUUUUUUUUAAACAUUUUUCUCACACUCACCGCCUUGCAAAAAGUAUUCAUGUCUUAUGGACUUUUGUAUUUUGUCACAUUGCAACCGCAAAUGUCAAUGUUUUAGUAUUUCAUUAAAUGGGGCAACACAAGGUAGCACGCAAUGAUGAGUAAAAAUAGACAGAUACGUUUUUACAUCCUAAUAAAUACAAAACUGAGAAGUGUUCAAUGCAGUUGUAUUCUGAUACCCAUAAGUGAAUUCCAGUACAAGUGAUUUCCCUAAGAAGACUAAUAAGUACUGAACAGAGUCCAUCUGUGUGUAUUGUUCUACAAGGUUCUGACUAAAGGGGGCUGCGUCCUAAAGCAUGCCAUGUUUUACAGAUUAAUAAUAAUAAUAAAAAAACAGGUGGAAAAUUGUCUGAAUUUUCUCUCCACUUUACAAUUACUUUUGGUGGUUUAUCUCAUCAAAUACGACAAAGUCUGGGUGUAAUGUCACGAACUGUGGAGGGGCGUGAAUACUUUAACAAGGCAUUGCAGUAGCAGCAUGUGUUAUUAAAGAAUGACAGGAAAUGCCUCAAGAUUGAAUGAUUGUGAAGCUACAAAAAGACUGGAUUUAUCUGACUGUAAAAGUUGAAUCAUUAUCCAUCCAUCCAUUGUCUAACAUCCUUGUCCCCAGUGGGGUCAGGAGGUGCUGGUGUCCAUCUCCAGCUACGUUCCGGGCGAGAGGCAGGGGUCACCCUGGACAGGUCGCCGGUCUGUCGCAGGGCAUCCAACAUUCAUUAUUUUCUCUUUUAUGAGCCUUAGAAGAACAAUGUUUGAAAAGAGCAUUUUAAAUGUCAAACACAGUUUAAAGUCGGCCUCCAAGCUAAAUAUUUCAUCUGAUGGAGGAAACAUUUGUAUUUUUAUGGUGAGGUCAAAUUUAAAUGGGACUUUGGUGCAUCACUGUUGCUUAUUGUUUCAGUCUGAUGAUUUUAUAGUCUAUUUCUUUCUGGGUGGGGAACAGUAAAUAUCAAAUGAAAUAAAAAAAAACAGGAAUCUAUUUUCCUAUUGAAGCCAGUCUCUAACCUAGAAACUAGCCUUGCGUUUGUGUCUGCAAACACCAUUACUCCCUUAAGAGGUGGCUGGAGUCCUGCGUGUAGUUUAUUCCUCCAAAUACCCGAUGUUAAGUUGCCUUUAACUGCACUGACUGUCACAGAUGUUUUAUGAUUUUUUUUGUUUGUUUGUUUCGUUUUGUUUCCAAAUGUUGCGCUUGUACAAAAAGCACACCGCUACCGGACUGACCGUGUCGUGUGAAUGCUCCAUGGAUGGCUGUGUUUCAGAUUUGUAUUCCCAAAUUCCAAAAUAAAGAUGGUCUUAUUCUG